AUGUCUGCGCAUCAGAAUGAGGAACUCUUUGAUGACCUCGAAAGCGUCGUGGCCGCAGCAGCGAGACCCCCGGUCAGAAAAUCUGACCACACUGCAGAGCUCGAUGCACGGGCGAAGGGGGAUGGUUGGAAGGUAGAAAUGUACCCACCGCUCCAACGACUGUGUGGCUAUAUCUUCAAUUACUCGCACGCGAGUGAACCCAAAGCGACGAGGAACAUCACGAUCGCUGCGAACAGGCAACUCAAGGGCGAAGUAUAUACAACCGGCUUUCCAAGCGUUUCGCCGGAUGGAACUGGAUCUUGCGUCCCAGAGUGUGACUCUUGGAUCGACGUGGACUGGCUCGUUGCGAUCAAAGCGAGGGAGGACCAAGGUGUUGUUGCGACAGGUACAACCAUCUCCGAAGUUGUCUUACAGGCCGCUGAUUAUGCUCGACUACCCCUGUCGUGUCGGUUUUUUCAGCUUUUCUCGGUUGCGCUUCUCGUUUUCGGGCCCAAGUUCAUGGUGGGUAUCUUCGACCGCGAUGGCGUAUCGCUUUCCCCUAUAUUCGACUUCUGCGACGGUGGAAUCGGUUUCAAAACGUUUAUCCGAGUGGUUCGUAGGCUUGUCAGCCCUCGCCUCUCGGAUGUUGAUCUCGGGCGCGACCCUACUGCUAUACCUCUGCGCGACUCGCCUGAUCUCCACAAUGAUAAUCGUAAUCUCGCAGUUACACUCGGUGUAUCUCCAGACUUCCCACCUUAUGCCCGAGGGAGCUCUCAACCAUGGAGCAUGGAGCAGCUUCUACGAAAUGGGUCCAUGAGGUGUGGGGGACAAUUGAUCCUCCCAUCUGGGUGCCUCUAUCCCUCAUUGGUCGGGGGGGACGAAUAUAUGGCGUGUGAUUAA